AUGGGGGAAGCGGACCCCGGCGAGCGGCGGGCGGCGGCGGUGGGCCCGGGGGCGGGCGAGGCGCUGCAGAAGCCGCCCUACUCCUACGUGGCGCUGAUCGCCAUGGCCAUCCGGGCCAGCCCCGAGCAGCGGCUGCCCCUCAGCGGCAUCUACGCCUACAUCGCGGGGCGCUUCCCCUACUACCGCGGCGGCCCCAAGGGCUGGCAGAACAGCGUCCGCCACAACCUCAGCCUCAACCCCUGCUUCCGCCGCCUGCCCCGCCGCGCCGGCCCCGCCGCCCCCCGCCGCGGCGGCGACUGGGCGCUGGACCCCGCCUUCCAGGACAUGUUCCCGGGGGGCGACUACCGCCGCCGCCGCCGCCCGCGCCGCCGCGCCCCCCCGCCGCCGCCCCCCGCGCCGCCGCCCGCCGCCGCGCCCUGGCCGCUGCCGCUGCCUCCGCCGCCGCUGCCCGGCGGCCCCGCCGGCUGCCCGCACGGUCCCUGCGCGGCGCUGGCGCUGCCGCUGCCCCGCGGGUGCCGCUGCCCCGAGCUGCCCGCCUGGGGCCCGCCCGGCUGCCUGGGGCCGCCGCAGGGGCUGCCCGCCUGGCCGCUGCCCGGCGGCGCCGGGGCGAGGGCGGCUCUGCGCCCCGCCGACCCGGGCCUGGGGGUGACCUGCGACUGGGGGGCGAAGCUGCCCUCCUCCCUUAAAUAA